AUGCUGGGUCUGACGGAGCCCAGAUAUGUGCAUCGAGCAAACCUGCGACUAUGGCUGGUUCACGUGAAAGAUCCCGAAGCCCGCCAGCAAGUCAAACGACGGCGCCUCACCCCCUCGCCGGCACCCCUUCUCGUUCCUUGCAGUAUUACCUUGACCCGUGAAGAUCCUUCGGUUCUCGCAAGCAAGGCACAUUUAAGGUAAAUUCUAAAAUUCUCCUAGUCUCCGCCUAUGUUCGUUCUUCAUGUCUGUCAUUAUAAACAACCGGACGCGCUUUAAACUAUCACUUUGCGCUCAAAAUCGUGGCUUGGAAGGUUGCCAACCGAUGGGAUAACUUUGACCUCGCAGUCAACCCAAUAUGUGUUUGUGUAGAGUGGCGGACUGGUGGUCUGAGAGUCAGGCUGUAAUGGCUCCUCGCUAAUGUGACCUCUAUGGCGCUCCCGCUCCGUGGGAUCCGAGUCGACUGUGACGGCAUGCCUUGGAGGCGGCUUCGGUCGCGUCAGCCACCUGCGUCCUCCCUCACCUCCGGUGUUUUUGACUUGAUCUCGACAGCGGGAGUGCGAUGGAUGCUGCGCAGGUCUACUAUCACUAUAAACUAAUUCACUCGCAAGACACCGUACGUAUUGUGUCAACCUGCUGUGAAGCACACGGUGGUCUUCGUCGUCAACGACGGUCGAACUGUCGUGUGUCCAUGCGUGUAACGCACGUCGGACGAAGGCUUCACGCCACAUUUGGCAAUGUGCCUCAUCUCUUCUUCUCCAAUCAGCCUCACCCUGACUUCCAACUAGUUGAUGAUCGGGAGAAAAAGGGUGGGGUUGACCUAGCGCCUGGUAUUCCCAUCAUGACUAGCUAGACAAGCUUUGCACUAUCACUGUUCAUUAAAUGUCAUGCCUAAAAUGACUUCCGACUGACGAAUAAGUCGGUUUUCCCAUAGUCUGAAAAUCCAACAGCAAUGUUUUUUGGUAUGACCGUUUCCUGCAACUUUUUGGCGCGAGUCAAAUGAUCGUCAUUGAGACACAGUUCCUAUACAUGUAGGGGCCAACCCACGCUUGUCGCGCAAAGGCGCCGACUCCUUUUCGUUAAUCACCGCACUUUCGGUCUUAUCUGGUCCUCUCGAUUUUCCCUUGCCACUGGAACGUGAUGGGGCAAUUGGAAGACGAGUAACUUUGAUGCUCCUUAGUCCACCUAAUCGUACUCCAAUCCGCACGCAAGUUGCACUGCGUCUUCAUCGACGUGGACAGAAGAGCUGUCGUAUUGUUGCCUUUUUUCUCGCCAAAAGGAACAACAGUCCGUCGUCAAGCCGGAACGAGCCCUAUGCCUCAUAUUGAACAGAUGUCUGAUUAAAGUCUGAUUUGAAGGAGGCAGCAGCACAUGUGUGGCACGCAUUAAAAGGGAGCCUUGCAUUUGACUGGCCGCUCUGGCCAACCCCAUCUCCAGCCGCCUUGACCUGCUCCUUCUUCCAUGACCGAUUGGCUCUGGGAAGACAGAUUGAGGCAUGCACAUACUCCAACUAACUGCAUCUUAGGCCUCCUGGCUUGGCAAGUUUACAGCUAUCAUGCUGUUUGGAUUUUCAGACCGAAAAUUGCGUCAGUACAGUGUGCGUGGUAAGGAGACAGUGAGGUCGAUGCUGUGAACAUCUUCCUGACCGUAAUCCAAUUUGCCUGCAGUAUCGCAUGGAGCACGUGGUCGAAUGUAUGUGCAACGUCCUAGUCGGUUGGAUCUCAUUUUGAAAAUCAUUUAUAUCCAUAAAAAUUUCACUUAAAGAGGGAUUAGACUGAUCCCGCGCCACUUUCUCACGAGUUACUUCAAUUGCAAGUCGCCACCGUCGCCCGAGAGUUAUGGUCCUCUUCGGACACGUUAACGCAACUGUCUUUUGUCCGCCUCAACUUGUCUUGUUCGGGCCCUCGUGUUUUGAAGAAUAUUUAGUUGUGAAGACUUCAGCCUCGUAGAAGACUUUCUAAAUUGACUAAGUGACACUCACUUUCUCUAUUCAAACUGCGGCUCUUUAAGUGAAUCCUGUUAGGUAAAAAUAUGCUCCUCUGGACGCCAUUUACCCUCAACAAAUCCAGCCAGUGGAUAUGGAACAACUCAAUGGACGGUGGUAUCUGUAUUCGAAGGUGAACGUCUUCGUCUAACACCGUAGCACACCACUGUGAAAUCUCAAGGUUUUCCGAAACCUUGCCGACUCACGAGCAGCAUUUGCCAUAUGGUAAUGCGAUAAUUCCUAUGGAACAAUUCAGAAGGGUAUUUGGCAAGCAUACACGUGCUUUCGAUAAACUCGUCGGGCCAGUCUAUUUAUAUGGGAACGAGGCACACAAUAAAACGUGUGAGCGAUGAGAAAUCGAUUACGGUUCGUCUUUUCAUACAAUCGGGGUGUGUGAAUAGGGGGAGGGGUAGAGGAGGUCGUAAAUGGCAGUGAGGGUUAGGUAGAGCCGUGUCGCUGGGUCAGGGGGAGAGGGGGAGCGAAGAUAUGCAUGCAAUCUAUCUUUGGCCACGGUAGCCACGGGGCGUGCAAGAGGUUCUUCUGAGCGCACAGGACCGGCCUCCUUAGCCUGAUGGCAGUCGCUUCUGCCGUCCCUAGUAAGCGCUGACCCAGUGGUUUAGGGUGGGGCCUUGUAAAUCACAGACUGGCUUGUUACCACAUCGGUUCCCAGCCACACCCAAAAAAGAUUACCACCAUGACCGCUUAUCAGUCGAGCCGAGAGCCUUUCAUAUUUCACGGCCGGCCUUCGCCGAAGGCAAUCGCACUAUCCGCCACCCGCGGAUGCCUUAGCUAACCUGCAGCCUGGUUACCGUAACCUCGACCUUCGCUGAAUCGCCCUAGUGGGUGACUGUCAGCUCCAUAGGCCUGCAGAUUGAUUUACCCCCAGAUUAACAUAUUCCAUAAUCAGACCCUUGUUCCUUACACCGCGCUGCAAGUCUAAGUCAACCGUUGAUUUCAUUACCCAUGUAGGGGGAAUAAUUGUGAUCCCAAGUAGGCGAUUUCGAUGCCUGGAAGCGUUUUAUACUUCCAGAGUUAAUAUUUGUCCGGAAACACCCGAAAGUCUCGCUCACAUUACCGUUGCAUUUCCACAUUUCACUGUCUAGAAUUUUUUUGUUCUCUGCAGUGCCCGUCUCUCAGUUAAUUUACAAGAUCCGCACUCGCACUCAUAUUCCGUUUGUUUAAUGCAAUCUAGGCUGGAUGCUACGAGUUCGAUGACGGAAGAACUGCCGCCAACUCCCUCUGAUUCGAACUCUCAAUCGACCAAGGACUAUUACUUCUUCCCGCAGCCUUGGAUCACAGAGACAGGUCUCAUAAAGCCCAGUCUUUUUACGCACCUUCUGAAGUCAGUUUGUUCGACGAUUUUGCGUAUGUCCGGCACUGUAAUGGAGCGACUGGCUUGGGAGUACAGGUUUCUCCUCUCUCCUGUCUCCUUCAGGAUACUCUGCUUUGUAAGUCACCCUACACUUCCACGACUCUCAUACAGCCAAGCACUUUUCCAAGAGAGUAGUAUGAUCUACGUUUCAUUUUAGGUAAUUUUACGGCUGGUCAAGCACCUUUUCGUCCUCAGGGGGGUCAAUAUGUCCUCAUCUCGACCAGCCGUUUCUCCUGCGCUUCCCUCCUCACUUGGCUCCACGACCAUGACAUUUUUAGUUAUUUAUUGGAAAACAGUCGCCCAACGAAAGAUAGAAAUAGGCCAAGUCAUAUGUAAACAGAAACUUUCAUUGCGUAAAUUUUGGAAGCCAAGUACAUGUCCUGCUACAUUUUCGCCUUCGCCAUGACGUCGGGCGCACAAAUGCCCGUGAGCAGGAUAUGAUGGCGCACCCCAUGGACAAUGGGAUAGUGUAUGAAAAAUUCGCUGGGGAAAAACGAACAAAGCAGGGUCGCGUACCUGCUUCCAUCGUCCUCAGCCUUAUGAUCGUCAUGUUGAUGUAAGGAAUCAACAUCACAUGAACUCACGGGCAACCGCCUAACAUUAGCCACAUGCGAGCAACUGCUCUGGCCUACAAUGUCCGUGUACAGGAUGUGCUGGCGUAUAAAUGAAUACUAAACAUCACAGCGGCUAAGAACAUGCGGCGGAGAGUGGACUUCCGACGGCAGUUGCUCCAACUUCGGUCUGAUCAUAACACGAGAAAACAUAUUCCUGCAUCGGCCGCCAUCAUCUGAUUAGUAGAACACGCCCAGGAUCAGCGUGACUGGUACUCGUUUCGCGUCUGCGGACACAUUUGUCGACCCAGGAAGUGCAAUUUCAAGAAGCACCAAGAUCGACGAGAUUGCGCUCGGAUCUCCAAUGCCAGCCAGACGUUUAAUAACCAUAUAACUUCAUGUGAAACAGCUGGGAUAUCCCCAACACGGAACUGGGAAUGUACAGGGCAGUGGUCUUAACACUGUUUUUGCACGGGGCGGUGUCGUUAACCGUGGGAAAAAUCGAGCCAGAUAACCCGGCAAUUUCCACCGCACCUGCCUCCGAAGAAUAAUGAAGGUAAACUGCCAGGAAGGAUUUUUUGUCCCUACGAAUCUCCUGCAAGCGUAUGCAAAUAAAUCCUGAUUUAGAAAGUCCUCGCUUGUAAUCGACAGUUGUGGUGCACUGCCGUAAAAACUGGAGCUGUCACCUUCGAAGCCAACCGACUAGCUGCUGUCAAUACAAAGAGGAAGGCGCACAAGACUCAAGUGCCAAAAACGCAAUCAUCUAAUUCCUUCAGCCGUGCCUAUAGUGUCAAUAGACAUUCUUGCCACGAUCGGCCGUGUCGGAUAUAUGCAGAAACAGUGCAAUAUCAAUACGACCAAUCCGCACCACAUCUCAAAAAACACGUGCAUCACCAAUGAGGGCACUCCGCCCCCCCCCCCUCUUCUCCCUAAGCAGAGUUACCCCUCCCUUCGGUAGUGGGGACUCAUUUCUACCCUGCCCUUUUUGUGAUCGAGCCUUCGAAUCUCGCAUCAGCUUGGUAGGUCACUUGAGAGUCUGUCGCAGUACGACUGACGAAAGAGUGCUUGGAGCCGCGACAUACGUCCGUCACUCCUCUCCCACUUUUCCACGCUGCCUCGGUGCAUUCGACCCUAUGUGUGCACAUCCAUGGAAGUGCCCGCUAAAGCAACUCAAUCCAGACCCCACCACAAAAACUCGCCCUCGAUUUCCAACUG